AUGAGUUCAGCUGAGGAUGCUACUCCCACUCCUAAGCUUAGUGAUGAGGACUAUGAGAAGAUUCAGACGGCGAUGGAUGAGGGCCGAUACCCAUGCAAUAAUGGCAAUUUCAAUCUCACUACUGGGAGGUGUGUAUGCGACAAGAACUAUGUUCAUCUCGUCUACGAAGACAGAAUAGAGAUUUGUAAUUACGAGGAGAGAGUCAUCGGAGCGCCUUCUGCUCCAGGCUUCCACCUGGUGGAUGAAACUCUCAGGCGAGGAGACCUCAUCACUGAAGAGAAAGAUCUGAAGGGUAGUUAUAACCCGUUCUUGUGGAUCCUCAUUAUAGUCGGCGUGGAGCUCGCAACGUUCCUGGUGUUGAAAAUGGUACGCAAGCGUUGUGUCAACUUCGUGUCAUCGAAGAAAUGA